CUAAAAUUAAUUCUGUUAUGUAUUAGAAACUUGUAAAGUUUUAUUUUUUCUGGUGAACUUUAAAGUUUCAUCAUUGCAAGAGACAUGGCUGGACCGACUAAAACUGCCAGUGGGUCACGGUUGAACAUAGCCGUUACAUGGGAAAAUUCUCCGGAACCAUUUCUGUCACACAUUGAACCAGAAACUUCUUGGGGAGAUUACAUGAAGACACUAUUUGAGCACUUCAAGAUUGGGAAGGAACACUGGGACAACUACAUGCUGAAGUUUAAUGGACCACCUCACUGUUUUGUUGGUGAACACAACUACAGGGAUUUAAAAGUAGUGGGCAUUCUGCAAGUCCAUGAAUCUCCGAAGUUGCUAUGUGAACAAUUUGGGAAAAUCUGCUCUACUCGAGGUGAAAACCCAAGAGAGGCUCUAAUCAAGAUGGCUUCCCUAUCCCAUGACUCAUUUUUUGCUGAGUAUUUUGUUGAUAAUCCGAACUUUCGCUACCUGGAGCAGAUGUUGAGCAAGUGGGACACUGAAAAUUCUAACCUGCCUGACAUACUGCGAGCUUACCGCAUCACACUCGAGAAUUCCGGCAGAGGCUUUAGAAAUUGUAGCGAAACUCUUGUAUCUGAUGUUAUGCGGACCAUUGACUCUCAGGUUGUCCACUCGGAUAGCCUGCGGCUUGAGUGUCUGCUCAUGGCUAUUGCUUUGUUGAACUGCAAGCACAGCCACUUCUCUGACAACAUCAAUGUUGGUCUGCUUGUCCAACAUCUGACCAGAAAUGCAGAAAUCAAGCGCGAGGCGCUGACGCUGCUGGUGCUGCUCUUCAAGGCGGCUGAGGGCACGGAGCGCGAGAAGAAUAUCUUCGCAAAAUUGUCCGAGCGCGACAGCCGCAAGAUCAUCAUGGAUCACGUCGUCAGCAGGAUUGACUACCGCUCAGUUGAUGCAUACGAGAGUAAGAAAGCGUCGGAAAGUUCAGACAAGUCUGCUGAGAAUGAUAAGGAGAAGCAGCAGCGCUACGAGUACGACGUGUGCUGCCUGAUGCAGCAGCUGCAGCACCUCAUGCUGAACCUGCAGCGCCACAAGCUCCUGAGGGGCGUGCUGCUCGACGACACCGACGCGCCCAAGAAAGUCCGCGAGUUUUGUGAUGUCGCCUUCGAGCCCGACAGCAAGAUUCCUGUCGUGAACAGCGGCAGUUCAAGCCGAGACAAAAAAGACGAAUUCAGGAAAUUGGGAUUUACAACUGAAAAUCCUUUGAAUGAAUUCAACGAAGUACCGCCAGGCUGCCUCGCUCUUGACUGCAUCCAUUACUUCUGCAGCAAACGCAAGGACGAGUUUGUGAAGCUGGUGCUGGAGAACUGUUACCGCGCAGACUCGCACGAGUGCCCUAUUGGCCGCGCCUCCAUUGAACUCACCAAGCUGCUCGCUGUCGUCUUCAAGGUUGGUGAGCCCGUGGUUGAGGAUUGUACGGACCUGCACCCCAUUUUCUUCUCGCACGACUAUCCUUUUGAGGAGAUUUUCUGCAUCUGCAUCAACAUCCUCGAUAAAACUUGGAAGGAAAUGAAAGCCACCGCCGAGGAUUUUACCAAAGUGAUGAGUGUGGUGAAGGAGCAAAUUGUACGUACACUUCAGCUCAAACCGCCCAACCUGGAUAAAUUCGAAGACGGCUUGAAGAAGCACACAUACAAAGACAUCAUUGAACAUUGGCAGAAGGAACGGGAGCUCACCGAAGAAGAGGAGAUGAAGGCCCCACAAAUUGUUGCUCUGCGGGAGGAGCUGAGGAAAGAAGUUAGUGAAGUGGUGCAGCAGCAGCGCCUGAAAAUGAUGGAGCGCGGCUGCCGUUUCCGCUGUCCGGCCAAGGGGCGCGGCAACAAGGACAAGCCUUGCUACCUCAUCUUGUCCGUUAACCACAAGUUCCUGCACUACGGAGAAGUCGAUGAGAAAGUCACCGAAAUUCCUCCCCUCGAUAAACUUCAGAAAAUCAACGUUGCUGAGAUCAAGUCUUUGACGCUUGGCAAGGAUUGCGCUCACUUUAACCCACGACGCAAAGGUCACUAUUACUUCAGCCUGGUCACGGACAGCAACAAACCAGAUUCCCAUAAAACCAUCGACAUUAUCGCGACGGAUGAAAAGACCUACAACUGCUGGAUCGACGGCAUCAAAAUUGUCACGAAGGGUAAGAUGAACUCGCAGGCAGCUGAGGCCGACAUCGAAAUGCUGCUGGAGAUGGAACUCAAACUGCAGCUGCUGGACCUUGACGGGGUAACCAUCCCGACGUGUCCUCUUGUUGUCCCGCCCUUGCCUUCCAACUACAACUUCUGCUACAGCCUCUGAUGUGGGGGCCGUGGGCCACUGCCGUGCUGCCCUUGCCUUCCAACUACCACUUCUGCUACAGCCUCUGAUCGAACGUCAAGUGCCAUUGAUUCUUGAAUGCAUGUUCUCAGCGUGAUAAAAUUUCUUUCUCGUAAGCUUUGAGUGUGAGUCUGAAAUUUUAGCGACUUGUUUCAAUUGAAUUUUCUCAAUGGUCGCUACUAUGGAUCUGAAGUCUUUCUAGACGUUUUUUAGAAUAAUUCAAGAUGUGUUCACGUUUUUAAAGUUAAGUUUUUUUCUCUUAUUUUAAGGAAAAAUGGUUCUCGAUGCUUACUCGUCCUGGAUCGACCGAAUUUAUGCAAUUUACGUUUUUAAUCUCAAUUUUAAUCUCGGUGGAAAAUGUUUCAAAGGCAAAAAAAUUUAUAUCUUCACUUUUGUA